AUGAGCAGUCAAUACCCGGCCCCAAUAAGCCCGACCCGUACCCGAAUAGGAUGGAUAGGCAUCGGCGUAAUGGGCGGAGCCAUGGCGUCGCGCCUCAUCUCCGCCGGCUACUCCGUCACUGUCUACGCCCGCAGCCCCUCCAAAGCCGCCUCCAUCCUCUCCCUCGGCGCAAAACUGGCUGAUUCCCCGGCUGACCUCGCCGCCGCCUGCGACGUCGUUUUCACGAUGAUCGGCCACCCCUCCGACGUCAAAUCCCUAGUUCUCGAGACUCUUCUCCCCUCCCUAAACCCCAACACCGUCAUCGUCGACCACACCAGCAGCCAUCCCGCCCUAGCCAAGCAGAUCUACCGCUCCGCGCUCGACAAACGCUGCUACUCCGUCGAUGCCCCGGUCUCCGGCGGCGACGUGGGCGCCGCUCUCGGCAAAUUAGCGAUCUUCGCCGGCGGAGACGCGGAGGUAGUGGAGUGGCUGAGGCCGUUGUUGGACGUGUUGGGGAAGGCGAGCUACAUGGGGGAUGCUGGGAAGGGGCAGAGCUGUAAGAUCGCGAAUCAAAUCGUUGUUGGUGGAAACUUGGUGGGGCUGAGUGAGGGUUUGUUGUUCGCGGAGAAGAGCGGAUUGGAUAAGGAUGAGUUUGUGGAGGCGGUGAAGGGCGGGGCGGCGGGGUCUAUGGUGAUGGAGUUGUUCGGGAAGAGGAUGAUCACGAGGGAUUUUAGGGCCGGGGGAUUCGCAGAGUAUAUGGUGAAGGAUUUGGGGAUGGGGUUGGAUGAUGAGGUGGUGGUGCCCGGAGCCGCCUUGUCGAAGCAGCUGUUUUCGGGCAUGGUGGCGAACGGGGACGGGAAGAUGGGGACGCAGGGGGUUGUAACGGUGAUAGAGAGAAUCAACGGCAUGGGAAUGGGAGCUUGA